AUGCUAAUAUUGAGUAAGACAGCAAGAGUCCUUCCUAAACCAUUAAGAAGGAAAAUUUAUGAGUAUCUGAGAAGUUUCCAUUUCCAUCCUGGGAAAGCCUCUCCUCACAGAGUGGUGCUGGGAAUUGAGACCAGUUGUGACGACACAGCAGCUGCUGUGGUGGAUGAAACUGGAAAUAUUUUGGGGGAAGCAAUACAUUCCCAAACGGAAGUCCACUUAAAGACAGGCGGGAUCAUUCCCCCCGUGGCCCAGCAGCUUCACAGAGAAAACAUCCAGCGAAUAGUGCAAGAGGCGCUCUCCGCCAGCCGGGUCCCUCCGGGCGAGCUGGCAGCCGUGGCGACCACCACCAUGCCCGGCCUCGCCCUGAGCCUGGGCGUGGGCCUGUCCUUCAGCCUGCAGCUGGUGGGCCAGUGGAAAAAGCCCUUUAUCCCCAUCCACCACAUGGAGGCGCACGCGCUGACCAUUAGGCUGACGGAUAGAGUGGAGUUUCCCUUUUUAGUGCUCUUGAUUUCUGGAGGCCACUGUCUGCUGGCCUUGGUCAGAGGCGUCUCAGACUUCCUGCUUCUUGGGAAGUCUUUGGACAUAGCGCCAGGCGACAUGCUUGACAAGGUGGCGAGGAGGCUGGCCCUGGCCAAGCACCCGGAGUGUGCCGCCAUGAGCGGCGGGAGGGCCAUCGAGCACUUGGCCAAACGGGGAAACAGGCUGCACUUUGAUCUCACGCCGCCCAUGCACCGCACUAAGAACUGUGACUUCUCGUUCUCUGGACUGCAGCAUGUGAUCGAUAGGAUAGUGACAAGGAAGGAAAAAGAGGAAGGCCUGGAGCCGGGCCAGGUCCUGUCCUCCGCCCCGGACAUCGCGGCCGCCGCCCAGCACGCCAUUGCCUGCCACCUCGCCAAGCGCACGCACCGCGCCCUCCUGUUCUGCCGGCAGAGAGGCCUGCUGCCCCCGAGCAAUGCUGCCCUGGUGGUGUCUGGAGGAGUCGCCAGCAACUUCUACAUCCGGAAAGCUCUGGAAACCGUAGCAGACGCCACCCAGUGCGCCCUGCUGUGUCCCCCCCCCAGGCUGUGCACCGACAACGGCGUGAUGAUCGCGUGGAACGGGAUCGAGAGACUGCGUGCCGGUGUGGGCAUUCUGGACGACGCGGAAGGCGUCCGCUAUGAACCCAGAUGCCCUCUGGGGGUGGAUAUAUCCAAAGAAGUGGGAGAAGCCGCCAUAAAAGUUCCACGAUUAAAAAUGAAGAUUUGA